UUUGUGUGAGUGUUUGUGGUGGGAGGGACUCGCUGUCCGGCUACUAGCAGCUAAAACACACCUUUGCUGUCUUAUCUUGUUGUUUAACUGUAUUUAUUUUGUAACGAGGCCCGUAAGUAUCCACACCGCGUGUCUCUGUUCGAAUAAGAUGGUCAUUCUGACAGAAAACCACGAAGAACAGGAUUAUAUCCUGAUAGAGGAGCGCAAAUGCUCCUCCCUGCCCAGCUCUCCUGCCAAGCGAGUGUCUCCCACCAAAAAGAAGCAGUUUUAUAUCAACCAAGCCAUCCGCAACUCUGACCUCACUCCCAGAGCCAAAGGCAAGAAGAGCCUCCGCCGACAGGAGAACACUCGCUUUCUUGCGAAUCUUCUGGAGAGGGAUGAAUGCUCCAAAGAUGACCUGGAGGUAUGCAGUAACCCGUCCAUCCCAUCCAUCUUCACCGAAGCCUGCACCAACGGAAACUUCAUAGAGCCAUGGAAUGACUUCAUGAAUUGCUCCGGUGAGGAGCAGGAGAGACUGUUGUCGCUGCUGGAGCAGGAUGAGGCCAAGAAGAAAACCCUCAGCCGGCUCCUCAAAGACCCAAGGAAUGUAAAUCCUGCCUUCACCGCUCAAGAAUGCUUCCAGAGAAUCGACCGCAGGCUGCGGGCCACGCUGAAGCGGAAACAAAUCCCCAUGGGAACUCUGGAAGUCCUGGAGGAAAAUCUCCUGAGCUUCUUCAACACUCAACCUCGCUCAGUUUACACAACCAACCUCGCCAGCAGCUUUGAGAGGCUGCUGCUUCACGCCGUCUGCCAGUACAUGGACCUCGUCUCUGCCAGCACCAACUACGACGGGUCACGUCAGACCGAAGUGGUGAACAAACAAGAGGAGUUUCUCCCUCCUACACUUCAGUUGUCUGCCUAUCUGGAGCAGAUGAGCUGAGAACAACGACCACACCAUGGGUCCUCUGCACGGCUCUGGGAGAUGUAGAUGAAGGUGCGCAAUCCGUACACAACAUCUGUGUAUUGUCCACGAACAGAGCUGAAGGUCACCCGCUUCAUUUGACAAACAAAUCAAUAGUUAUCGCUCCUUCUAUGUAUAAAUCCUAAAUGGUACAUGUCAAAUAUGAUCUGGGGUUAACAUGAACACGGCUGCUCAGCCAGUGUAGCAGCAGGAAGACACGAGCACACACACCCUCAAAAAAACCAUAACAAUGGAGACGACAGAAACAAAAGUCAGCUACGCUUGCAAAGAAUAAAAACCUCACAGAGCAGGAAGUAAGCGCGACAUUAGCUGAUGACCUCAACUCUCAUAUACUGUUUACAUCAUAAUGCUACCAUUCACCAUGUGUCCAUACUGAUAUUGUACUUUGUCUGCAGCUCGAGACAAAGACGUAAUAGACCGAUCACACACAGAGCGACAUGCACUAAACUAACACAAUCGUCCUGAAGGCGCUUCGACGUAAGGACGGUGUCAUUACUUAAUUUCCAUCAAUGUAAUAUGAUAUGUAAUAUGUUAUGUUUUUGUGUACUCAUUGUGAAUAUUCAUAUCAGUAAAGCACAACUUCAUAACAGUAAAUAAUGAUGCAAAAAAAAAACAACAAAUGAAUAGAAAAUUUACUAGGCACCAUUUUUCUACUGAGUGAAGUCUCAGCUCUGUUCAGGCCAGUAACACUUGAAAGGUGUAAAGGUGCUAAGACGGAGGAGGCCGCUCUACUGCAUCAGGAGAUGCAUCACUGCCUGUAGGAGUCGUGUCAGUAGUGAAGUAUAAAGCAUGAAUAUUUAUAAUCUCUCUACAUUACAUGCACAGACUCGUCGCUCAUGAUCGUAGGUAAACAAGUAAACGGCUGUCAUCGAGGGUGUAAAACAACAACGUCUCACAUGCUUGGGAUUCUUUAAUAAUCAUCUCUGUGUUACGUAUAAGAUUUGCUCUUUAGGUACAAUUCAUUUCAGGAUCUGCUUUGGUAUCUUUCUCUUGCUAGCUUUCUACAUUUAAGCCUUUAAGUCUUCACCGUUCACGCAUCGUCGUCAGAGUGAUAUUCUCACGUUUUAUCCAACCAAACUGUCAAUAUUGAUCAAGGAAUAACUCCGAAAACAACCAAGCUUGAAUAACAAGAGUGACAUCAAAAAAAAUAUUUGUGUUUUUGUAUUCCACUUGAAGCUGCCCUGUGGAUACAGACCCGGUAUAGAAACAGGCAGAAGACUGCAGCUGCUCCUGUUGUGUUGCUGAUGUGCUGCUCGUGUAGACAAGGUUUAAAUGUUAUUUCUGUCACAGUCAAUAUUCAAAGUCAAGAUAAGGAACUAUACUAUUGUUAAAAAAAAAAAGCUAGUUUCCCUGCACGUUUAGAUUUAUUGGUGGAGUUUUGCAACAUGCAAAAAUGUUUCACUCCAGUUUUCACUUAACACUCAACUACAACUGUGAAAGCCUCGUUCUCACAUGAGCUGGUUUCCUGGUGUUGAGGUUAUACUGUAUGUUCAGUAGGUGUGUUACACUUUCAGGUGUUUGUGAUAGUAAAAAACCUGCUGAGCUUUGACUCUCAGAUAGGUGUCUUCUCAAUGUUAACAUUUACAAAAACAUCAGAGAAGCACGUUUGCCUUAUUAAAACAUUUUUUUUCUUCUGUACAUAUAUUUAUACGUGACUGGAUUCUGGGAAGAUUUAUCCAGGUUACUUAAAAAAAAAUAAAAGGGAAAUCCUGAUUUCCUAUUGUACUGCUACUGUCGGCAGUGUAAUAAAACUUGACUUAUCGGUGCAUUUUGUCAACAACCAAAGUUUGUGCGUUUUGUCGUGUGGGAAUCCAACUUCUCAGGCUUUCACCUUCUCACUCUGAAUGUCACGUAAUGCUUUCACAUACUGUGAUUUUCUGUGUACUGUAUACUCUUUGUUAAGAUGAACUCAUUUAGACUGCAUUCACCCCCCGACACCCCCGGGGUGCUGCCAACUUUUUAAGUACAUGUACAAGUGGAUGUGCUGUAAAUAAUGAGCUCAAAUAAUUUACUUGUGCCAACAUUUGGUUUGAAAAAGCCUUUAAUCACCUGAAAGCUUUUUUUACUCUAGACUGUAACAACUUUGUGUAUAUAAUGGUAUGUGUGCUAUUUUACCUAUUUAUAGGUAUCACUGCUACUAUUAAAGGAUUCAAGAUCU